AUGAAGGCCCUUGGAAUCUUUGAGGAUGUGGAGCUAAUUCUCAAGAACAUGCACUUGGCCAAGCUUUUCUCUUACCACAUGGAAUCCUACAAGGAGCUCACUUGUGAGUUCUUAGCUUCAAUGAGGUACCACAUGUAUGAAGAGGAAGAUAGAGCUGAUUUGGACCAAGGAUUGGGAUGGAUCACGUUCUUGGCUAAGGGAGAGAAGAGAAUGGUGACCUUUAGGCAGCUGGAAAUCUUGUUUGGGUCCAAGGCAGCUCAGAUCAGGAGCCCAGUCUUGAGGUAUGUGCACAAGGCACUUGCCAACACCUUCUUUGCAAGGAAGGCGACCGGGACAAUCAACGAGGGGGAACUCAAGUUUCUUGACAUGGGAAUCAAGCCCCUUCUCUCACGCACAAGCGAUGGCAAGAGGAUCAGGGGAGAUAGAUCUGACACAGGGAACUUGAUGCCUUCCUUGACCAUCUCCUUACCUACAAGAUCACAGCUUACAACACUAGGCAUCAACGAGGGAAGGCGUCUAAGUGUUGGAGGACUCAUCACACCUAUCUUGUGUGCUGCUGGAGUGAACCCAACUGAUAAGAGAGCCACUGAACCAGGUUGGAUGGACAUCAAGUUUUGCAAGACCAACCUUCUCAUUGAGCACAAGGAGUUGGAUGGGAGAUUCCAAUUCAAGUUCACACAUCCAUUGGUUGGACCCUCCAAGUUCUCCUGCCUAACCCAGAGCUCACCACAGUAG